UGCAAGUGAAGGACCGCCCGUCCCCUCUCUGCAUUCUGCUGUCAAUGGCUAUCGGGACUUAUUUUAUUUGAAUGUCUGGGCCCUACAAGUGACCAAUAAUGGAUAUUCUAUGGAUAUUAUGGAGCAUACCGGCCGUCAUAGCUGUUGAAGAGACACUCAUGGACUCCACCACAGCCACGGCGGAGCUCGGCUGGACGGUCUACCCUGUGUCAGGGUCGAGUGACAACAGCUGGGAGGAGGUGAGCGGUUACGACGAAAACAUGAAUACCAUCCGGACGUACCAGGUGUGUAAUGUUUUCGACAACAACCAGAACAACUGGGUACGGACAAAAUACAUCAGGCGCCGCGGAGCACAGCGGAUCCACGUGGAGAUGAAGUUCUCUGUGCGGGACUGCAGUAGCAUCCCAAACGUUCCGGGCUCCUGUAAAGAGACUUUUAACCUGUAUUACUACGAGUCAGACGCGGACACAGCCACCAGAACCUCCCCGGCCUGGAUGGAGAAUCCCUGGAUCAAGGUUGACACCAUCGCCGCCGACGAAAGCUUCUCCCAAGUGGACCUCGGCGGCAGAGUGAUGAAAAUCAACACGGAAGUCCGGAGCUUUGGCCCCGUGUCACGGAACGGCUUUUACUUGGCCUUCCAGGACUACGGCGGCUGCAUGUCGCUCAUUGCUGUCCGUGUCUUCUACCGGAAGUGUCCUCGCAUCAUCACAAACGGGGCGCUGUUCCAGGAAACGCUGUCGGGAGCAGAGAGCACCUCCCUCGUGGCGGCCAGGGGUGUCUGCAUCCCCAAUGCAGAGGAGGUGGACGUGCCCAUUAAGCUGUACUGCAAUGGGGACGGAGAGUGGAUGGUACCCAUCGGACGCUGCAUGUGCAAAGCCGGGAACGAGGCGGUGGAAAACGGGACGGUGUGUCGAGCUUGUCCUUCGGGGUUUUUCAAGCCAACGCAGGGCGACGAGCCCUGCAUGCAGUGUCCCAUCAACAGCCGCACCACCAGCGAAGGCGCCAUCAACUGCGUUUGCCGCAACGGAUACUACCGCACCGACUCGGACCCGCUCCAGAUGCCGUGCACCACCGUCCCGUCCGCGCCGCAAAACGUGAUUUCCAGCGUGAAUGAAACGUCUGUGAUGCUGGAGUGGAUGCCUCCUCGCGACUCGGGGGGUCGCGAAGACGUGGUCUUCAACAUCAUCUGCAAAAGCUGCGGCGGGGGCCGGGGAGGCUGCACCCGCUGCGGGGACAAUGUGCAGUUUUUACCCCGUCAGCUGGGGCUGACGGAACCCCGGGUGUACAUUAGUGACCUGUUGGCCCACACGCAGUACACGUUCGAGGUGCAGGCUGUCAACGGAGUGUCAGAUCAGAGCCCCUACUCUCCCCAGUACGCCUCAGUCAACAUUACCACUAACCAGGCUGCUCCAUCCACUGUGUCUAUAAUGCAUCAGGUCAGCCGCACGGUGGACAGCAUCACGCUCUCCUGGUCCCAGCCGGACCAGCCUAAUGGAGUCAUCCUGGACUAUGAGCUGCAGUAUUAUGAAAAGGACCAAUCGGAGUACAACUCCUCCAUCGUCAGGAGCCAAACCAACACGGUGGUCAUCCGCGGCCUCAAGCCAGGAAGCAUCUACGUGUUCCAGGUCCGGGCCCGCACCGUGGCCGGGUUUGGACGCUUCAGUGGCAAACUGUACUUCCAGACCAUGACUGAGGAGGAGUACAACACCAGCAUUCAGGAGAAGCUGCCUCUCAUCAUCGGCUCAGCAGCUGCUGGGCUGGUCUUCCUCAUCGCCGUGGUCGUCAUCAUCAUCGUCUGUAAUCGGAGGCGUGGCUUCGACAGGGCUGAUUCAGAAUACACCGACAAGCUGCAGCACUACACCAGCGGCCACAUGACUCCAGGAAUGAAGAUUUACAUCGAUCCAUUCACGUAUGAGGACCCCAACGAGGCUGUGAGGGAGUUUGCCAAGGAGAUUGAUAUAUCCUGUGUGAAGAUUGAGCAGGUCAUUGGUGCAGGCGAGUUUGGGGAAGUGUGCAGCGGAAAUCUGAAGCUGCCCGGCAAACGGGAAAUGUUUGUGGCUAUAAAGACUCUCAAGUCUGGCUACACGGAGAAGCAGAGGCGGGACUUCCUGAGCGAGGCCAGCAUCAUGGGCCAGUUCGACCACCCGAACGUCAUCCACCUGGAGGGCGUGGUCACCAAAAGCAGUCCCGUCAUGAUCAUCACCGAGUUCAUGGAAAAUGGAUCUCUGGACUCCUUCCUCAGACAAAACGAUGGGCAGUUCACUGUGAUCCAGCUCGUCGGUAUGCUCCGGGGCAUCGCCUCGGGCAUGAAGUACCUUGCCGACAUGAAUUAUGUGCACCGCGACCUUGCAGCCCGAAACAUCCUGGUCAACAGCAACCUCGUGUGCAAGGUGUCGGACUUCGGCCUGUCGCGCUUCCUGGAGGAUGAUACUUCAGACCCCACGUACACAAGUGCUCUGGGAGGGAAGAUCCCUAUCCGAUGGACUGCACCCGAAGCCAUCCAGUACAGGAAGUUCACGUCGGCCAGCGACGUGUGGAGCUACGGCAUCGUCAUGUGGGAAGUCAUGUCCUACGGAGAGAGGCCUUACUGGGACAUGACCAACCAAGAUGUCAUCAACGCCAUAGAGCAGGACUACCGGCUGCCUCCACCCAUGGACUGCCCCAGCGCGCUGCACCAGCUCAUGCUGGACUGCUGGCAGAAGGACCGCAACAACAGACCCAAGUUCAGCCAGAUCGUCAACAACCUCGACAAGAUGAUCCGCAAUCCCAACACGCUGAAGGCGAUGACCCCGCUCUCUUCAGGCGUUCACCUCCCUCUCCUGGACCGCAGCAUCCCAGACUUCUCCAGCUUCAGCAACGUGGACGAGUGGCUGGACGCCAUCAAGAUGGGCCAGUACAAAGACAACUUCGCCAACGCUGACUUUUCUACAUUCGAUGUGGUGUCUCAGAUGACCAUGGAUGACAUCCUGAGGGUCGGCGUGACGUUAGCGGGCCAUCAAAAGAAGAUUCUCAACAGCGUCCAGAUGAUGCGGGCACAGAUGAACCAGAUCCAGUCGGUGGAGGUUUGACCCUCCCGAGAUGAGACGCGGCUGGGAUGCAGGGCUCUGGGCGCGGAGGAUGGCGUGGACGUUGCUUUGGCGUGACAGUGUGUCUGGUCUCCCCCACCAGGCGACCCGUUCAUCCCUCGCUCCCCUCUUCACUUCCCUCCCCGUCCUCCUCUCCUCCGCUCGCCCUGACCCCCUCCCUCCAUCCCGGGCCCUGCUGUGAAGAGUCCUGAAGCUUUGGACGGCCCCC